AUGCUAUAUGAUCUCUGCAAAGAACAACAAAAAAGAUUAAGGAAAUUAAAUUUAGAUAUGUUAGAUUGCCAAUCGAGAAUACAAAAUGCUGUUAAUUAUUUAACUUGGAUUGAGAUUGAAUCAUAUAUUAAUACAUUAAUUCAUAAAGAAAAAGAAAUUAUAGCUGUAUAUCAUAAUAAAAAAUAUUUAGCAUUAAACAUCCGUUUUAGUCAAGGUGAAUUUAAUAAUAAAUUAGUUUAUAAUUAUUCAUAUCGUGCUUUAUCAUUAGCUGAAGAAAAUCUUUUAGCAAAAGGUUGGAAAUAUGCGAUUAAUCUUAAUAAAUUUAAUAGUUUGAAUAACAAGGCUAGAAAAGGCUAUUAA